AACCUUUUGCAUCUCCCCCCGACAUUUGAUCUUCCCCGAAGAUAUCAUAUUUAUACAUGUACGUACGUGUGUACCCAUACAGAUACGUGUAUACAAACCCAAAAAUACCCCAUCUGUCAUCCAUCUUCUCCAUUGCCCGAGAUUUGAUUGUCUGAUCGAUCUCACCAUUCCCACGAGGAAAACAAAACCAUUGUUCUUUGAUCCGUCGGGAACAGAAAGGAUCCAUCUUUCUGAGUUUUUCCUUCACUUUUUGCGUGUAUACACACACACAUACAGAUAUAUAGGGAGAGACAGGGAGAGAAAUGGACUCAGCGUCUUCAAUGGGAGACUCGCUGACGGCGAGGAUGAUACCGAGACCGCCGUCGCUGGAUUCGUUCGUUCCGAUCAACGUGUGCGGUCUGGUGAAUCUCGCCGGCGUCAGGAUCUCGAAGCGGGAGCUUUGCCGAAGGGUCGUGAUCCCAAAGUACCUCCGCCUCGCCCUCCGCCGCUGCAUUAAUUUGAAGGACGCCUCCGCCGGGACCGGCGCCAGCGCAGACGCGGAUGUCGUCGGAGCCGACGACUCGGCGCCAGAGGCGCCUGUGAUCGUGUUCGUUAACCCCAGAAGCGGUGGUCGACAAGGUCCCCUCCUCAAGGACCGCCUCCAGCAUUUGAUAACCAGCGACCUGGUCUUUGACAUAAUGGAAGUGAAGCCUCAAGAAUUCGUGAGAUAUGGAUUGGGCUGCUUGGAGACAUUGGCGGCGCAAGGUGAUCACUGCGCUCAAGAAAUUCGUGAAAGGUUGAGAAUUGUGGUUGCGGGUGGGGAUGGUACGGUGGGUUGGAUUCUCGGAUGUCUCGGCGAACUAAACGUACAGAACCGACAACCUGUUCCUCCUGUCGCUAUCAUUCCCCUCGGAACUGGGAACGAUCUUUCCAGAAGCUUCGGAUGGGGAGGAUCAUUCCCCUUUGCAUGGAAAUCCGCCAUAAAACGAACUCUCCACCGCGCAAGUAUUUCUCCGGUUAGCCGUCUAGAUAGCUGGAAGAUUCUGAUUUCGAUGCCAUCUGGUGAGAUCGUGGAUCCCCCGUAUUCGCUCAAGUCUUCGCAAGAAUGUCACCUUGACCAGGGUUUGGAGAUAGAGGGAGAGCAGCCACUGGUAGGAAAGAGUUACGAAGGAGUGUUUUACAAUUACUUCAGCAUAGGGAUGGACGCUCAAGUUGCGUACAGCUUCCACAAUUUGCGCAACGAGAAGCCCUACCUUGCCAACGGCCCUAUCGCCAACAAGAUCAUAUAUUCCAGUUACAGCUGCUCGCAGGGGUGGUUCCUCACGCACUGCAGGAACGACCCGAGUUUAAGGGGGCUGAAGAACAUCCUGAGAAUUCACAUAAAAAGGAAUGAUUCGUCCGAAUGGGAGAAAAUACCGGUCCCCAAAAGCGUAAGGGCAGUGGUGGCACUGAAUCUCCACAGCUACGGGAGUGGAAGAAACCCAUGGGGGAAUCUGAAGCAAGAGUAUCUAGAAAAGAGAGGAUUUGUGGAGGCGCAAGCGGAUGAUGGGCUGGUCGAGAUAUUCGGACUAAAGCAAGGAUGGCAUGCUUCUUUCGUCAUGGUCGAACUCAUCUCUGCUAAGCACAUCGCUCAGGCAGCAGCGAUAAGAUUGGAGAUAAGGGGAGGGGCAUGGAAGGAUGCAUACAUGCAGAUGGAUGGGGAGCCAUGGAAACUUCCCAUGCUCUCUGACUUUUCCACCUUCGUUCAUAUCCACAGAGUCCCUUUCCACUCUUUCAUGGUCAAAGGAGAUUGACCAUGAUGAUGAUCAUCAUCCAUCCAUCCAUCCAUACUUUCUAUUUCUCCUGCCAUUAAAAAAAACGUGUUUUCAUGUUCAAAAACCCCACUAAACAUGCUUGGUUAGCCCUUAGUUAAUUAGUUCGUCGUCCUCUUCAUCAUCAUAAAAAAAAAAAAAAUUUUUUUGUCUUUUUCAUUUUUUUUUUGGGGUGUAAACCAUGUUUCACGCACAUGAUCUAUGUUGUGUUUGGAAGUUGUGAGGAUUUAGCAUUAGGAGCAUACACCGGCCUCUAUCGUUUAUAUUGAAACAAAUCAUGUAACAAAGCAGCGAUAUCAUAUAUAUAUAUAUAUAUAUAUAUAUCGAAGUUUGUGAGUUCAUUUU